GUCACUUGGGAACACCUGUCUGGGCACAUGUACAUGUAUGUAGUCAUUUGCCUAUGCCAUUCCAACAUGAGCUCCUGCUUAGUAUUUAUGACCAGAUUGUUGGGCAUUGUUUCUGCACACAAGCUGUGACUGAAGGAAGAUCUGAAAAGCCACACACACAUACUCAUAAAUACACGGUUUUGAAGAUUUGCCACGGCAGAGGAAAAUGAACAGUUGAUGAAGAUUUCUGCUACUACUUGACCACUGGUGGACAUUGGAUACUGACUGACUACAGAGGAAAGGAAUUCAGCUUGAGAGAGAGAGGGGAGGAGAGACGAUUACUCCUGUUAGCUUGGCACAUUGGUGAGAGGAAAUUCCUGACUGGGUGUUCAUUGAGGCCAUUGGUGCUGCCAGGACUUUUUUCUUUUCACGGAAUGAUUCAAAGCGUUCCUGGUAUCUUUUCAAGGAAUUGAUUCCCAGUCGUCGUAUGUUUUUACUCGCCAGUGUUGAGUGGAACUGUUAAGUUGGGUUAAGCACAGGGUCUGUUGAUCCUUGUUUCAGACAUUUCCUAUCCAACAUGUGGCAACUUAUUGUGACAGCGUGCAUUUGCCUUGUGUUGUGGACUAACUGUGAAGGUAAUACCUUUGAACUUGAAGGUUCUACGACAUCAUUCGCCAAGUAUACCAAAUGGAACCCCUGUACAAAUGGUUCGUUGAAAUUUGAAUUCAAAACUGAGCAAUUAAAUGGGAUGUUAAUGUACUUGGACGAUGGAGGGAAAUUAGAUUUUUUCGAAGCAAAAGUGGUCGGUGGGUCAGUAAGACUUCGGGUGAAUUUUGGCGAAGGUAUAGCCACUGUACUGACCCUUGGUGAAAAUCUCCAUGACAACAGGUGGCAUAGUGUUCUGAUCAGGAGAGAUGGACAGGAGGUCACAAUGGAGGUGGACCAACAGCAACAAUCAAAAAAAUUACGGGCAGGUAAUCUUCAACUUGGUAAAAUGGAGACAAACAGUUAUUUAUUCAUUGGUGGACUGCCUGCUCAAUACAUGGCCAGACUUAGUGAACUAGCUUUGCCUUCUGUGGUAUUCGAGCCAAGAUUCAGAGGAAGUAUACGAAAUUUGAUGUACUCGAACUGUUCGCAGCCUUUUGGACGGCCUCUGCUGCUGGACUCCCAAGGGGUUCGGACCAACAAUCGUGACCCUUGUGCCAAAUAUGACCCCUGUUUGAAUGGAGGAAUUUGUGUGAGCACAGACAAGGGUGCCAUUUGUGACUGUAGCCAAAUAAACUUUGAAGGGGAUCACUGUGAUAAAGAAACUAUUCCAUCAGAGGCAACAUUCUCUGGACAAGAGUAUCUCAGCUAUGACUUGUCAAAUCGAGGUGAUCCCAUAGUCAGCAAAAAUGAUGAAGUGUCAUUUUUUUUCAAGACCAGACAGACCAAUGGGAUCCUAUUUUACACAGGGGAUGGGAGUGAUUUUCUGCUGGUGGCCUUAGUAGAUGGUGUGAUAAUGGUCAGUGUCAACCUGGGUGCGGGAGAGUUUCAGCACCCAGUCCUCACUGAAAAGUACAAUGACAACCAGUGGCACCACGUAGUGGUAGAGAGAAGAUCUAGAGAGAUUGCAAUCUUGGUAGAUGGUCUCCUCCAGCAGACGGGCGCUACCACAGGGGUGUUUUCCAUGUUGUCCAGUAAUGUCCUGUAUGUCGGCGGCAGUGCCAAUACCUUCAAACUCACUCAGGGCAAGGUCAAUAGCAACUUCAGAGGAUGUCUGAAAAAGGUUGGCUUGGAUGUUUUUGGGCACACAGGAAGUUACCACAUGUACUGUACUUUUGGGCAUGUGUGA